AUGUCUGAAGAAUCACAGAAAGCGCACAGUUCGAUGACAUCUUCUCUCCGAAAGCAAAGAGAGGAGCUUAUUGUCGAGAGAAAGUCUCUGAUUAGUGAGCUAAAAAUCUAUGACUCUGCAUUCAAAUCAGCAGUAGCAUCAUGUCCACCGAAGGAGUCCGGAAACCUUGAGGAUUUGGAGGAGAGAAUCGAGACGGUGGAAGAAGAACUGGAAGUGGGAAGUCGUGAUGCGAAAGAAGAGAGAGCUCUAAAACGUGACUUGUUAAAGCUGAAGCAGUCUUAUGACAGAGUCAUGCAAUACAUUGCUGCUUCCCGUGAAAUUGAUAUCAUUCGAAACAGACGGAGUGAGAAGUCAAAGAGAGUCGAUGAACUGAGCAAGAAACUGGAUGAGCUGGCCGAGACAGUGGAGAUUGAAGAGACCUUGUCUCGUAUUGAGUCGAGCAGUGGUAAGAAGUUAACAAAGAGCGAUAUCUCAAAGGAGGAAGUGAAGGUUCCCAAGGAAAGCAUCGGCCGAUUGGUCGGUAAAAAUGGUUCAAAUAUUCAGAAGCUGGAGAAGCAGUUCUCUGUGCGAAUCAUGACGAAUGAGGAAGUGUUCACUGUGCUGGGCGAGCUGGCGAACGUGAAGCGAUGCAUCGCCGAACUCACGGACAUGGCGAACGAGAAGGAAGUGACGAUCCCUCUCUCCACAAUGCAGAUUCGUGCCUUGUUGGCCCAUGAUCACAGCUAUCGCCGAUCCAUCGAGAACUCUUGCCGCGUCUUCAUGACUCUGAAAGAUGCCGAAGUCACGAUUCGAGGUGGCCAGAAUGCUGUGAAGAACGCCGAACGCGCAUUGAAUGAUCUGAUGAAGAGUACUGGGACGAGCCCUAGCCACGCUGAUCCAUAG